UAGCCUGGAGUCCAGACACCUGCUCCAGGGCCUCAGAGAGGGGAGACCUUCGCUCUCAAGGGAGUUUUCCUGGCUUAUGAGGGCCAGCAGUUCCGGUCAUAAGGUGGGGCUCCCCAAAGCCCUGCCUCCACACCCCUUCUUCCCCGAAAGAUUCAUUUGAUCACUAGCAACAGGCACCGCCGGCUCUGCUGUGGGCUUCAGGUGCUUCCUGAGAGUGGACAACCAGCCUCUCAGUGGCUAGGGUUUGAACAAGCAGGCCAGAGCCCACCAGCCACAGGAAGCAGUAGGUAUCAGGCUACCUUCUUGCUUUGGGUGGACUCAGUACUGGCUGUGGCCAAGUGAAGAAGCAGUACACAAAGGGCCACCACUCAAGUGAACUGGAUUCCAUCAUUAUCUCCUCAAAGCCAAUAGGAGCAGGAAGAUGGGGCAUGGCUCAAUCCCCCUCAGUACCUCUGCCCCAGUUGAUGCCACAGCUGGGCCCAGUCUUAUUCCAGACCUCAUUACCAGGAUCCCCUGGCCUCGCUGGACACUCUUUAUCGCCAUCCUUGCUGCUGGAGUCCUCGUAGUCUCCUGUCUGCUCUGUGUCAUCUGUUGCUGUUGCUACCGCCACCGCCACAGAAAGCAACCCAAGGAUAAAGAAGCUGUGGGCCUGGGCAGUGCUCGUAACAGCACCACUACUCACCUGGUUCAACCAGAUGUGGACUGCCUGGAGCCCUGCUCUGGAGGAGACCCACGAUGGGGACGGCUCCUGCUCUCACUGGAGUAUGAUUUUGGAAGCCAAGAGAUUAGAGUGGGCCUGAGGCAGGCUGAAAAUCUGAAGGCUGAGGGCACAGCGGACCCCUAUGCCUGUGUCAGUGUUUCCACCCAGGCUAGGAGAAGACAUGAGACAAAGGUACACCGUGGGACACUCUGUCCCAUGUUUGAAGAGACAUGCUGCUUUCUGGUCCCACCAGCGGAGCUGCCCAAAGCCACUCUGAAGGUGCAGCUGCGGGACUUCAAGAGGUUUUCAGAACACGAGCCACUGGGGGAGCUUCAACUACCACUGGGCACUGUGGACCUUCAACAUGUCCUGGAGAGCUGGUACCAGCUAGGCCCUCCAGGUACCACUGAGCCUGAGCAGAUGGGGGAGCUGUGCUUCUCACUGCACUAUGUGCCCAGCUCAGGCCGCCUGACUGUGGUUGUAUUGGAGGCUCGGGGCCUGAAUCCGGGUCUUGCAGAGGCCUAUGUGAAGGUCCAGCUUAUGUUAAACCAGAGAAAGUGGAAGAGCAAAACAUCCUCCAAGAAGGGCACAAAUACCCCCUACUUUAAUGAGGCCUUCGUCUUCCUGGUUCCCGUUAGCCAGCUCCAGAGUGUGGAUCUGGUGCUGGCUGUCUGGGCUCGUGGCCUGCAGCUCCGGGCUGAGCCUGUGGGCAAAGUGUUUCUGGGUCCCCGGGCUUCAGGCCAACCCCUACAGCACUGGGCAGACAUGCUGGCCCAUGCUCGGCGGCCCAUUGCCCAGUGGCACCACCUGCAGUCCCCCAGGGAAGUGAAUCGUGCUCUGGACCUGCAGCCUCGCCUUCCCCUGCUUAGACCUCGUUCCUGAAAGAAUGAUAGGUCUCAGUUCUCCCACAUGGCGAGCUGUGGAUAUUUGUGCAGGCUCUUCAAAUCUCUCUGUAAUAAAUGCAUCCUCUUUCAUGUUCACAUGUCCUGAUGGAAUUCUGUGAGAAGGGUCUGAGAUAGAAGGGGGGCUAUACUUUGGCACUGGUGCCCUCUCAAGGAUGGGGUGGGUUGCUCUGAACAGAUUUGCCAGUCCUGAGCCUCUGCUGAAGCCUGAUUCCUAGGUCUUUCCCUGGAAGAUGGGCACCAUCCUCUAGCCAGGACUGGCAGAGGAGCAGGAGACUAGAGCUGGCCCUGUGAAGACAAAGAGGGCAAUUGGAAGGAGUUGUGGGUAGGUACAGCUUGGGGAAGAGACCCUAACACCAUGAGAGACCAUGAUACAGUGUCUUCUGUACUAUCAGCAGGGGGCAGUAGAUGCCUUUGGAAGCUGCUCUGGGGCCUUUGGGGGCUCACAGCCCUGGCUUGUGCUAUACCUCUUAAUCCCAGCACAUCUGGCGGGCUUUAGCAGUUCCAACCCUCCUCUGAUCCCCAGGGGCCCCAGAGCAGCAGGGUUGGGGCCAAGCCAUGAUCUGGUGUCUCUGGGUGGGGUUCAGGAGCGGGAAA